CCUCUCUUCCUUCCUUCCUUCCAUCAGGCAGCACCAGGGACACAAACACACAGCAUCAUAAACAUCAUCAUCAUCAUCAUCCUCAUCAUCCGGAGAGGAACCAUGGAGGGGGAGAACACGUCCUCCAGGUGGGGAGCAUCCCAGCGGAGGAGCAGCUGAACCAGGGGGGAGGAGGAGGAGGAGGAGCGGAUGGAUGCCAGCCUGGGAUCAGCCACCACCUCCAGCACCAACAACAACAACCCUCCUCCGAGUGGAACCAGCUCCGGGUUUAAUCAUUAUUAUGGGGAUGGAAGAGGAGGGCCUUGCUUUGAUCAACAUGGCGGACAACAAAGCCCAGGGACUGGGGUAACGGCGGCGGCGCACUCGCUACACGGCACCAUGGACCAGGUUCAGAACUCCCACGACGGCUACAGCAACAGCAGCCCGUACCACCACUACCCGAACUCCCGGCCCGGCUACGGGACCAGCGGGUACGGGGGCAUGAUGAGCCCCUCACGCCCGGGGAACAGCCUGAUGGGCCCGGCCGCUGCUAACCACAGCAAAGCGGCUAUGGCUGCUACUACCAGCUCCCCGGCUGGAGGUGGAGGAGGAGGCGGCGGAGGAGGUUUUCAGCGGUUCCCCGGGCAGCAGCAGCACCCAUCGGGCUCCACGCCGACAUUAAACCAGCUGUUGACGUCUCCCAGCCCGAUGAUGAGAGGUUAUGGAAGUGGAUAUCCAGAUUAUAAUAAUCCCUCCGCACAGCCACAGCAGCAGAGCAUGGGGCCGGCUAAGGACAUGGGCUCCCAGUACGGCUCUGCAGCUCACGGCUGGGGGGGAGGACAACAAAGAAACCACCCGAGUAUGAGCCCCGGGAGCAGCGGGCAGAGUAGCGGCAGAUCCCAGGUGCCGUCCAUGGACCCAAUGGCGAUGAAGCGUUCUCAGCUUUACGCCAUGAGCAACAACCCCUACUCCCAGCAGCAGGGGGCGCCGUACCCCGGGCAGCCUUACGGUUCCCCCUCGGCUCACAGAUACCCCAUGGGAAUGUCUGGCAGAGGCCACAUGGGGAUGGGAGGGAUGCAGUACCCCCAGCAGCAGAUGGGCUCUCAGUACAGUCAGCAGCAGCAGCAGCAGCAGCAGCAGCAGCAGAGCAUGGGUGGAUACUGUCAGCCAGGCCAGCCGCCCUACUUCAGCCCUCCUCAGCAGCAGCCCGCCGCCCCCAGCCAGCCACCCUACAUGCAGCCCCGCCCACUUCCUCAACAGGAGGUGCCUCAGGAGGCGUAUGGGGGCCGGGGCCAGUCUGCUGCUAUGACUCCUGGGAAACCCAACCACGAAGAGAUGAGUCAAGAGAGACCGUCCAGCCUGCCGGACUUGUCCGGCUCCAUCGAUGACUUGCCCACCGGCACAGAGGCCGCGGUGAGUUCAGGGGCGUCGGGAUCAGGAAGCGCUCAGGGAGACCGCUCUCCUUUCUCCCCCCACGUCUCACCCCGCCUCCCCCCACCAACUCGCUCUGGGCCCUCCCCUUCCCCCUCUCCGUCCCCCGCUGGGUCCAGCAGCCAGUCACGGUCCGGACCACUGUCCCCCCCCACCAGUGGACCAGGGUCUCAGCUGACUCCUCAGGCCUCUGGACCAGAUGUUGGUCCUCAUUCCUCCCAGGAGGCCAUGACUCAGGACAGAGGCUUCCCUGCCUCCAUGCAGCGUGGCCCCCAGGGGUCUACUUUUGGCCCCCAGGGGCAGUCUGCACCACCCAUGGCCCCCCACCCGGUGUCAGGAGGCCCCAUGCACCACAGCUCCUACCAGCAGGGCAGCCACUCCUACGGCCAGUACGGACCCCCAGGGAACUACCCUCGGCCCCCACACUAUGGCGGGGCCCCCACUGCCAACUAUAGCGGGCCUGGCCCGGGCUCCGGCCUGGCCAAUAGUCUGGGGUUAAACGCCAGCAGUCCCAUGCACGGCCAGGGCCCCUCCACGCCGGCAGGGCGUGGCCCCAGACCUGGCACCGGGGGCCGACCUUACCCCGCUGGCGGGACUACCAUGGCCCCCACCUCCCCCGGCAUGCCACAGCCGGCCGGGCAGGGCAUGGGCCCCCCAGGACACAACGCCAGCUGCAAACCUCCAGAGGUCGGGCCGGCCGCCAACUCCUCAUCGUUGACCGUUGCUCAGAACAGGCCUCCCUUCACUCGUUCCCCCGUCUACCACAACCAGUCCUGGGGUCGACCUGCCCUCUCUCCCACCCUUCACCCCUCCCACCCUCCUCACCCUCAGCACCACCACCCUCCUCUUCCUCACCCUCCUCACCACUCACAGCAGGCCGCCAAGGCUCAGCCUCAGCCCGCCGUGCAGACCCCCCCUCAGCAUCAUGGGCAGGGCAGCUACCCGGCCAUGACACCUAUGGGAGGAAUGGGCCCCGGAGGCCCCUCAGGACCUGGGGGUCCUUACAGCCAACAACCAGGCAGUAACUCUGGGCGGAUGACGCCACAGGGACCCCCCUACAACACCACAUCAUCAUCAGGGCCCGGGGUGAUGGCAGGAGAAGGGAUGGGCCCUCACCCAGACGCCAAGCAGCGAGUCGAGCUCAGCAAAGAGGAGCCACCCAAACCCAAGGACAGCCACAGCUCUCAGUGUGUGUCCCAGCCCCCCACCCCCUGCCCCGUGUCCUCCCCCAGCUCAGCUAGUCUGUCCUCCUGUCACGGGGAGGACAGCGAUAGCAUUAGCAGCCCCGCCUGGCUCAGGACUCCGACCAGCCCCAAGCCCAGCGUGGCCACCAUGACCAACGAGAAGAUCACCCGGCUCUACGAGAUGGGUCCCGAGCCUGAGAGGAGGAUGUGGGUGGACCGGUACCUGUCCUUCAUGGAGGAGAGGGGGACGCCCGUCCCAAACCUGCCCGCCGUCGGAAAGAAGCCGCUGGACCUCUGCAGACUCUACCUGGCUGUCCGAGAGAUCGGAGGACUGGCCAUGGUCAACAAGAACAAGAAGUGGCGGGAGUUGUCGUCCCAGCUCAGCGUGGGGACGUCCAGCAGCUCGGCCAGUUCCCUGAAGAAGCAGUACAUCCAGUACCUGUUCGCCUACGAGUGCAAGGUGGAGCCCCCACCCGAGGCCCCGGGGCCCACCGGAGACGCCAAGAAACCUCCGUCCCUCCAGGCCAAAAUCCAGCCGCCCUCCCCAGCCAACUCGGGCUCUUUACAGGGCCCCCACACCCCUCAGUCCAGCAGCAGCUCCCUGACCGAGGCCCCCGGAGACCUGAAGCCCCCGACCCCUGCCUCCACCCCGCACAGCCAGAUGGGCCCCCAGCCUGGAAACAAGCCCAUGGGAGGAGUGAGUAUCCAGGACCCGUUCUCUGAAGGCAGUGAUCCGGCCUUUCACAGCAAGCGAGGUCUGGGACCCGGUGGGGCCCCCUUCCAGCAGGGAGGAGGUCCAGCAGACCCCUCUAUGAGGAUGCAAUACGAUGCCAACAAAGACCCCUACAGCGGGCCGAGGAAGGGUCCUGGAGCCGUUGAGCCCUUCGGUCCCAGUCAGAUACCCAGUGGUGCCAUGCAGGACAUGUACCCCCGUGGACCCCUAACAGGGAUGGGCCCCCGACCCCAGUACCCCUACGGCCCGGGCUACGAGCGGAGACCGGACCAUGUGAUGGGUCCAGAGGGAGGCAUGGCGCCCCCCGCAGGUCAGAACAGCAUGGGCUCGUCUGGAAAUGAGGCCGGCAUGUAUCCCACCAACAGAUACCCCCACCAGAGGCACGACGGUUAUGGACAGCAGUACGCUCACGGCGUGGCCUACACUUCCCAUCAGCCCCUGUUCCCUCAGCAGCAGGGCUACAAGCGUCCCAUGGAGGGGGUGUAUCCGGCGGCUAAGCGCCAUGAGGGGGAGGCCCUUGGCUCCCAGCAGUACGGCCCUCAACAGUCCGACAUGUUCGGGCCCUUCGGGGGGCCGGGGGGGGGCUACAUGGGCCCCGAGCGUCGGCCCGUCCAGGGUCAGUUCCCCUAUCCGUACAGUCGAGAUCGUCAGGUGCCCCCACAGCAUGGCAUGAUGGGCUCAGGGCCGUCACAGGUGCCCGGGGGCCCUGGGGAGGGGCCACAGGCCAGCAUGUGGCACCCAAGGACAGAUGUGGGGUAUACGUACGGCCGGCAGGGCCAGGGCCCCCCGUAUCCUGGCAUGAACCGGGGGGAUGACCAGGAGGGCAGAGUCCACCAGGACAACCAGUGGCCCCCCAGUCACAUGAGCCAGCGACAACCUCCGUACCCCCCCCACUCCUCCUCCUCCUCCUCAUCCUCCUCCUCCUCCUCCUCCAUGCCCCCCCUGCCCUCCAGGAACCCCCCCUCCUCCUUCCAGGGCGCGCCCAUUGUCCCUAACCAUGUGACCCGCUCUCACAGUCCCUCCUCCUUCCCCCGGCCCCUGGGGGGCUCUCUGUCCCCAAACAGCACCCCCUAUCUGUCCUCCAUGAAGAAGCCAGGGGCCCCACCGGGGGCCCAGCCCACCCAGGGCCUCCCCCUCGUCCCCAGAGAAGUCAGCUUCCCCCCAGGCUCUGUGGAGGCCGCCGCCCCCAAAGUGAAACCACGACGACGACUGACGGCCAAGGACACGGGAACCCCGGAGGCGUGGCGGGUGAUGAUGUCACUGAAGUCUGGCCUAUUGGCAGAGAGCACCUGGGCGCUGGACACCAUCAACAUCCUGCUGUACGACGACGGCACCGUCGGCUCUUUCAACCUGACGCAGCUCCCUGGUUUCCUGGAGCUCAUUGUGGAGUUCUACCGUCGCUGCCUUAUCCAGAUGUUUGGGAUCCUGGAGGAGUACGAGGUGGGAGCUGAGGGCCGGCGGACGCUGCUGGGACACCUCCCCAAGGAGGACGACCUGCUGCCUGCAACACCUGAGCCUGAGAGCCGGACGGUGGAGGAGCAGAAGGUCCGGAGGACGGCGGAGGAGGCGGAGGAGGUGGAGGAGACGGCGCUGCUGCACACAGCCCCUGCAGAGGAGACGGAGGACAGCAAACCUGCCCUCAGAGAUGAGGUGGAGGUGACGGAGGACCACCAGGAGGAGGCCCAGCCCCCCCUCCGACAGGCCAGCAAGUACGACAAGCUGCCAAUCAAGGUGGAGGAGACGGGGGAGGAGUGGGAGGAGGUGGAGGAGCGCUGGGCUAAACUCAGCCGACCCAACGGGUUCAUCAGUGGCCUCCUGCACUGGAAGGCGGGAGGAGGCGACUCCACCGCUCACAUUCAGACGCACUUUGAGCCUCGCACAGGAAACUCCGCCCCCCCACAGCACCUGGACAGGAAGGAAGACGACGGGGGGAGGAGUCCUGAGCGUGAAGAAGAGGUCGGAGGUCAGAGUCCCCUCAGCCAGGUGGAGGACGAGCCGCGCUGCUGGGACGAGGCUCCGCUGUCCACGGCCGAGUCCUGGCAAGACUCUCUGGCCAAACGCUGCGUCUGCAUCUCCAACAUCGUCCGCAACCUGUCCUUCGUCCCCGGCAACGACGGCGUCCUGUCGCGUCACGCCGGCCUGGUGCUGAUCCUGGGCCGGCUGGUGCUGCUGCACCACCACCACCCCCGCCGGAGGAAACGGUCGCCCUCCGCCUACCAGCGGGAGGAGGAGCAGGGUCGGGCCUGCAGCCGGGACGAGUGGUGGUGGGACUGCCUGGCGGCGCUCAGGGAGAACACGCUGGUGACGCUGGCCAACAUCUCGGGCCAGCUGGACCUCUCCCUGUACCCCGAGAGCGUCUGCCUGCCCAUCCUGGACGGGCUGCUGCACUGGAUGGUUUGCCCGUCGGCCGAGGCCCAGGACCCCUUCUCCUCGGCGGGCGGCUUCUCGUCCCUCACCCCUCAGAGACUGGUGCUGGAGUGUCUGUGCAAGCUGAGCAUCCAGGACUGCAACGUGGACCUGCUGCUCGCCACGCCGCCGUUCAGCCGCCAGCAGAAGCUCUUCUCGGUGCUGGUCCGCCUGGUGGGCGAGAGGAAGAGCCAGGUGUGCCGGGAGAUGGCGGUCGCCGUCCUGUCCAACCUGGCGCAGGGCGACCCCACGGCGGCGAGGGCCAUCGCUCUGCUGAAGGGCAGCGUGGGGACUCUGAUCGGCUUCCUGGAGGACAGCGUGGCCGUGGCCCAGUACCAGCAGAGCCCCCACGGCCUGGUCCACGCCGCCGCGCCGCCCGAGCCGCCCAGCAUCAACAUGAUGUGCCGCGCCGCCAAGGCCCUGCUGGCCGUGGCCCGGGUGGACGAGAACCGGGCCGAGCUGCUCCUGUACGAGGGCCGGCUGCUGGACAUCUCGCUGGCGGCCGCCCUCAACUCGUCCGUGGCGUCCAUCAUGUGUGAAGUACUGUUUAAGAUCGGCCGCUCGUGACACCGACACCGGCUCCUAAUAUAUUUUUAUUUAAAGAACAGAAAGGUUUUUACAUACAAAUGAAUCUAUACAGAGAAUAUCUAAAGCUCCUCGGCUCCAUCCGCAAAAGUUUAUUUGGAAUUUUUAAGUAAUUUUAAUACAAAAAAAAAAUAUUUAAUACUUGUAUUUUGAAUUUUUUUUUUUUUAUUAUUACGUUUGUCGUUUUGUUUUAACCAAAGUGUGACGGUGGGCAGCGUUUGUUUGUGUGCUGGGAUGGGAUGGGGGGGCUGGGGGGGCUGGGGUGAACCACGCUGUAGAUAGGACGUUUAUUUCCUGGACUUUGUUUUGGUGCAAUACUUUUGUUGUUGUUGUUUUUUUUAAUGUGAAUUUCUGACCAUCUGCAGUUUGACCAUCAGUAUUUUUGCCGAACCACAGCAGUAUCAGGCGAGGUGGACGGCGAUGGGGGGGGGGGGGACUUCACGUUAAGUUUUUUAAGAACUUUUUACGACUCCUUCAUCGUCCUCCUGUAAAUACUCGAUGUACAUUAAUCAGCUCUGCUCACCUGGACGUCCAGGUGGAGGUGACGACUUCUCCUGUAUUUAAAGACAAACCUCAGUUUCAGGGUGGGGGUUGGGGGCGAGUUUGAUUUGAGAGACUGUUUGUACAGGAAGUCGAAGGGUGGCGGGUGGUGACUGUAGUCCGACGUCGUUUUUUCUUCAGAUCUUUAUAUGUUCCACAACAUGUUAAAGAAUAAACGUACAUGAACUCUG